AUGCGGGCACUGCUGGGCAGCAGCUGGAGGAAGUUCGGUCAUGCUGGCAGGGGGACAGACGAGUGGCUAACGAGCGAACCAAGCCUGCCUCUUCAGGAGACCCAGCUGCAGGGCGCCCAGAGGGCGAGCUCCACGCGGGAAGACGCAGAGCCCUUCCUGUGCACCCUCCUCCCGGCCACCGUCCUGCUCUUCCUGGCCUUCCUGCUGCUCUUCCUGUACCGGCGCUGCAGGCGCGCGCCGCCCGCGGGCCCGGGCUCCAGCCCCGACGCGCCGCCGGAGCACCCCGACGCUGCGACCCAGGCGGCCGACUUCCUGCCUGGCCUGCCCUGGGGCGGCGAGCAGGACUUCGCCUACUCCCCGCUGCCCUGGGACGCCUCCCUGCCCUCGCUCGGCUUCCCGCCCUCCUACGAGGAGGCCACCAGGAGCGCCCCUGGGGAGGAGGCCCCGGGGCCAGCCCCUCGCCGGGAGGACCGUCCACUCGGACCGGAGCUGCCGAAGAACUAUCAGCACAGCCUACCCCGGGGGCUUUCCCAGCAGCUCGCUGGCCUGGGCGGGACAUUUCCAACCUCAGCUCCCUCUGGCCUGCCACCUGGGGAAGGGGAAGCCUUCGCCCCAGCCCCUUUGACCAUCCUGUCCCACCUGAGCGGGGAGAGUAAAACUGAGAACACAUGUGAAGUUCGCAGCCUGGUAGCCAGACUCACAAGACUGAGACCUAAGCACAGAACUCCAGAAUACCCCUGCCCACCCACGCCCCGCCACCACACCACUAAAGGCCUGUUCAUUCCAGUGCCCUUUACCCAGGACGCCAAGUCUACCUUUAACAAAAGUUACUGA